AUGGAGCCUCCAGCCAAUCCGGGAGAGAGCCCGGUGGAGUUGGAGUUAACGGUGGAGAAUGUGGAGUCGGCGCUCUACCAGCUGUACUUUGACCCGGACAUGGAGCGUAAGAAUCUGGCCCAGAAGUGGCUGACCCAGGCCCAGGCCUCUGCACAGGCCUGGCAGUUCUGCUGGGUCCUGCUCAGCCCUGACAAGCUCCCAGAGGUUCAGUUUUUUGGCGCCAGCACCCUCCACACCAAGAUCUCCCGUCACUGGAGCGAACUGCCCGCAGACCAGCAUGAGAGCCUGAGGAUGCAGCUCCUCUCCCACAUCUUGCACUUCUCCUCAGGGCCCAAGAUGGUGCUGACUCGGCUGUGUGUAGCCCUGGCCUCUAUGGCUCUUAACUUAAUUCCACAGGCUUGGUCCCAGCCAGUUGCAGACAUGGUGAGAGCCUUCCAGCCACAGAAACCUGAACCUGAAGGCAGCUCUGGUGCAGAGGCCACGCAGGACCCUCAGGCGCACUGCUUCGCACUGCUGGAGCUCCUCACCGUACUUCCAGAGGAGUUCCAGAGCAGCCGGCUGGCUCAGGCUCGACGAACCCAGCUGAGGGAUGCCCUGGUUGGGGAGUGGACGGUGGUUUGUCCCAUGCUGCGUCAGCUACUCCAAAGCCAGGACUCGUCGAACCAGGUGAAGGAGAAGGUGCUCCGCUGUCUGUCCAGCUGGGUGGGGCUGGAUGUGCCGUUAGGGGAGAGCCAGGAGCUGAUCCAGGACUGUUUCACCGCACUGUCCAACCCAGAGCUGUUUGACACAGCUGUUGAGACGAUUGUUAACGCCAUCUCACAGCCUGACUGCCAGAGGUACAUCGAUGCUCUGGUGAACUUGAUGCCUCUGGUGUUGGGUCUUCAUGACCAGCUGAAGACGGCAGCUCAGGACGGAGACAUGGAAACCUCACACGGUAUCUGUCGUAUCGCCGUCGCCAUGGGAGAAACUCACUCCAGGGUUUUGUUGGAACAGGUGGAGCACUGGCAAGAGUAUCUGGCCUUGGUCAACAUGAUUCUGUUCUGUACUGGUAUACCUGGGCACUACCCAGUCAGUGAGACCACCAGCUCGCUUACACUCACCUUCUGGUACACUCUGCAGGAUGACAUCUUAUCAUUUGAGGAGGAGAAGCAGGCCGUGUACCUGCAGGUCUACAGGCCAGUUUACUUCCAACUGGUGGACGUGCUGCUACAUAAAUCCCACUAUCCCUCCCAGGAGGAGUACACAUCCUGGUCCUCCGAUGACAAGGAGCAGUUCAGAAUCUACAGAGUGGACAUCUCUGACACUCUGAUGUAUGUCUAUGAAAUGUUGGGGGCAGAGCUGCUCAGUAACCUCUAUGACAGGUUGGGCGGGCAGCUGAUGGACCCCCAACAGUCAGCAGUAUGGCAGGACACAGAAGCCUUAUUAUUUGGCUUCCAGUCCAUCGCCGAGACCAUAGAUGUAAACUAUUCUGAUGUUAUCCCCGGUCUUAUUGGCCUCAUCCCCAGAAUCAACAUCAGCAAUGUCAUGCUGGCCGACACUGUCAUGUACACAAUAGGAUCUCUGGCUGAGUGGCUGGCCGACCACCCAGUGAUGCUCGGUGGCAUUUUACCCAUGGUGCUCCAGGGUCUCGUGAAGGCCGAGCUGUCUGUAUCCAGCAUAUCAACUCUGAAGAGGAUCUGCAGGGAGUGUCGGCACGACCUCAGCCCGUAUGCUCAGGACAUCCUGACGGUGUCACAGGAUGUGCUGGUUAAAGAAAUCCACAAGAGCAGCCAGUGCAUGUGGCUCAUGCAGGGUCUGGGUUUCCUGCUGUCCGCCCUGCCGGUAGACGAGAUUCUGGGCAGACUUCACUCGCUCAUCACCCCUCACAUCCAGCAGCUGGAUACACUGGCCCAGCAGGAGCCUGAUCCCACUAACAAACAGUCCAUCAUCCACAUCCUGGGGAUGCUUUCCAGUCUCUUUACCACUCUGGAUAUCAACAGACAGGCAGACGGUGUAGAUGGAUCAGUCAACCCCAGACCCCCACCAUCCCAGACCUCACGCAACCCAGUUGUGGUUGUGCUGCAGCAAGUGUUCACAUUGAUCCAGACCAUCCUCAGCAAAUGGCUUGAUGACUCAGAGGUAGUCGAGGCGGUGUGUGGGGUAUUUGAUAAGUCAGUUCGAACCCUCCUACAUGAUUUCGGGCCCAUGGUGGCUCAGCUGAGUGAGAUGCUGGGCCAGAUCUAUAGUGCCUUCCCACAAGCCUCAGCUCUGGACCUGACACGUCAGAUGGUUCACAUAUUUGCUGGAGAGGAACAACACACGUCUUCCAUUAAAAGCCUUAUUGUAGUUUUGACUAAUGCCACACUCACCAUAUUUCAACAAGGUCCAAGGGAUCAUCCUGAUAUUGCUGAAUCAUUUAUGCACCUUCAUGCUCAGAUUCUUAAAAGGAAACCUGAUUUGUAUCUGUCUGAUGAACUGGAUGUGAAAGCGCUGUUUUACUGUGGAAUUCUAUCACUUAAAUUUCCAGAAACACCUACAGUGAAAGCUACAAGUCAUUUCUUUACAGAGCUGCUGCCUCGCUGUAAGGACAUGCCAUCUCUGGGUGAAGUGCUGCAGAGGGAUGGGAAGCUCCUCACAGAGACCAUACUCCAGGCAGUUGGAGGCGGGUCUCCUCGCAGUCUGACAGAGCAUUUUUCUGAGGUGCUGCUGAGUUUAAACAGACACUGCCCUGCCCUGCUGUCCCAGUGGCUCAAAGAAACACUGCAGGCGCCAGGGUUCCCCUCUGCCCAGGUCUCCACAGAGCAGAAACACACCUUCAGUCAGCAGCUUCUAAGGGAGCAAACCAACAAGCACCGCGUUAAGGAGAUUGUGAAGGAGUUCUCGCUGCUCUGCAGAGGCCUUCAGGGGUCUGGAUACACAGAUUACUAGCCUGAGA